GUCCCUCCCGUUACUAUACAAUUUAUUAUCCCGUGUAAUAAAUACUCUUAUAACACCAGGCAAAUUCGGUUUAAUCUCACGCUUUCGGCAUUCGUCGUCAUUAUUUUCAUCGUUUCUUCGUUUAACGCAAAGUCUGCCUCUCUGCAGAAUCCCGUUGGCGAUAAUCGGUCCAGUCCGGAAAAACCCAGUGUGAAACAGUCGUCUGAUAUGAAUUUAUCUACAUCUCGUAUUGAUGCCGUAGAAAAGUCUACAGCCGGCGUCAUCGAAAAUCAUAUUUCUAUGGCCAUGUAUCUAGUGAGCACAACUACGGUUUCGUCUCCUGCGAACAUCACUACGGAAACGUCUACGUCCAAUAACAUCAGCGCGACAACGAUUUCCGAGAGAACAGACAAGGACACUACCACCUUCCAGACGGUAUCCGGCCAAAAUAGCGAAACAAUUACCGCGAAUGUAAAAAUCGCGAAUUGAUAAUAGCGAAAAUAAAAAUAGCGAAUUGUAAAAAAGAGCGAAAAUACAUAAUAGCGAAAAUCAAACAUAUUUAUAAUAAUAAAAAAAUGGAUUGAUACAAGCGAAGACCAGCGUAGAGACGGUAACCGAAAACAAGAUAUCGACAGAUCGGACUACCGAAAGUGGAAUUUUGAACACGAGAUAUAUAAUUAGAUUCCAUACAAUUAAUCGUAAUGCUUUGGUUACAAUGGCUCCUUGUAGAAACAGAAAAUGUGAACAACCAUUUACUGAAGAACCUUAAACUCAAAAUAAUAUUUAUUAUU